CUGUUCCAACAACUCCAACUUCGAAAGACUAAGAAACUUAAAUCCUAAAGGUCAAUAAUCUUUAUUUAACUUUCCUCUUCUCUAUUUAUAUUUCUCUACUUUCAAGUCAUGUGAAUCACAAAAUUCAUACACUUCUUUGAAUCCAAUUUAACAUGGAUAAAAGGAAAAUGGUUUCUGGUCUAGAAGAUGCUCUUAUAGAAGAAAUAACAACAAAAUUAUCAGUUAGUGAUAAAAAAGAAGAAGAUGAAAAGAAUUUGUGCAAUUCUUCAAUUGAAAUAUCAAUUGCAUGUUUGAGGAAGAAGCUUAUUGUUCUUGAUAUUAAUGGUCUUCUUGCUGAUAUUGUUUCUCAACCUUCAAAGUAUGUUAAACCAGAUGCAAUCAUAGCCAGGAACAAAGCAUUAUUCAAGAGGCCUUUUUAUCUUGAGUUUCUUAAUUUCUGCUUUGAGAGAUUUGAAGUUGCUGUGUGGUCUUCAAGAUUGAAGAAAAAUGUUGACAAGGUUAUUGAUUAUUUGAUGGGAGACAUGAAACAAAAGUUGGUUUUCUGUUGGGAUUUGUCACAUUGCACUGAAACAAGUUUCAAAACUCUUGAAAACAAGCACAAACAACUUGUUUUUAAGGAUUUAAGGAAAAUUUGGGACAACUAUGAUCCUAAUGUUUCUUGGGAGAAGGGAUAUUACAAUGAAUCAAACACACUCCUUUUGGAUGAUUCUCCCUACAAGGCACUGCUUAAUCCUCCAUAUAACUCAAUCUUUCCUCAUACAUUCAGCUAUAAGAAUCACAAUGACAAUUCAUUAGCGGUGGGAGGAGAUCUGCGACGAUAUUUGGAUGGAUUAGCAAGUGCUGAAAAUAUGCUCAAUUAUGUAGAGGAGCAUCCAUUUGGUCAAGAACGUAUCACUGAAAAAGAUGAAUCUUGGGAUUUUUACCUUAAUGUUAUCAAUAGUGUGUCUGUUUGUCAAUCUAAAAAGUGAAAAUAUAGUUUCUUAGAAUUUGAAUAUGAUCAACUUAGUUAGUCUGCUUGGCUAAGUUAAACUUCUACAGAACUUUCUGUUUUUUUUGGAUUAAAUAUACAAGUGUUGAAGAAUUGUGAUUAAAAUUAUGCAGAAAAAUAUUUAUAAAUUAACUUGCUAGAUUUGUUUUGUGAUUAAUGCAACAUAAGAUUUGUUAAA